AAGAAAUUUCAAAAAACGGAGGAAAUAUCUGAAGGAAGAUGGCGGGAUCUCUAGCAGCAUCAAUCCACGAGCACCACCGAGGAAACACGGCGGCUUCUGAAUUUUCCCGAUGGCUGAUCGGUUUUGCUCGGUUUGUUCCGUAUCCAUCUUAUCCCUCUACCUAUCAAGGACUGAUUCCUCUCGGAAAGAGAGAGCUAAAUCCAUCGCCCCACGGGACGUGGCUGUCGACGUCUUCUUCGACGGUGUCUCUCCAGCUGGUGGACGAAUUAGACAGAUCCGACGUGAUUCUCUCCGUAGAACUCGGCGGGAAAGUCCUUGAAGAACACUACAUUUCAAAGCUGAAUUUCUCAUGGCCUCAGAUGACGUGCGUUUCUGGGUUCCCACCUCGUGGUAGCCGAGCGAUUCUCGUUAGCUACAAGGAUUCUGCAAACGAGACUCAAAAAUUCGCUUUAAGGUUUUCCACAUGUGAUGCAGCGGUGACCUUUGUGGUAGCUCUUAAGGAGAAACUCAAGGGAUUAGAGGAAGCUGGGAUCCAGAGAAGUGAAACUAGGUCCGAGAUUUGUUUACAGUCAGAUUACAACACUACAGAUGAGAUUAUCCCCAGAGCCACUGAGGAAGAGCAAAGUAUGGUUAAACCUCAUGAUAGUUAUGUUCCUGAAAUGCUACCAAGGGUUGAGUAUCAAACUGGACAAACCUUAUACACACCACAAUUCGCCACUGUGGAAGAGCCAAACAUGGUUAAACAUCUUGAUAGUUAUGUUCCUCAAAUGCUACCAAGGGUUGAGUAUCAAACUGGACAAACCUUAUACCCACCACAAUCCGCCAUUGUGGAAGAGCCAAACAUGGUUAAACAUCUUGGUAGUUAUGUUCCUCAAAUGCUACCAAGACUUGAGUAUGGAGCUGGACAAACCUUAUACCCACCACAAUCCACGCUUAGUCAAAUCUCUAACGAAGCUUCCAUUAACCUUCCUCCGAGUUUCAGUACCUUACUCUCUGGUUGCUUUCCCAACUCAACUCUAGAUGCAGGCCAAACAACUGUAAAGCAGGAUCCUGAUCUAAAGUCACAGAUACUGAAGUACAUGGAAGAUUCUUCAUUUCAAGAUAUGCUGCAGAAAGUAGAGAGAAUUAUCGACGAAAUAGGAGGUAACUGGAUUCUCUGAGUUUCAUCCUCCAUAUAUAUACUAUCUCAAUCUUAUUUUCCAGGUCCAGUCUUUUGUUCAUUGAUUCGACAUUUGUGGUUUAAUCUGAACUCAAAUUAGACAUUGUUGAUUUUCUGUUUGUGAAUAAGAACAUAGUGACUGAUGGUUGAACAUCA